AUGGAAUACACAGUUGUUGGUGCCGGUAUCAUUGGUCUAUACACCACGUGGAAUUUAUUGGAAUCAGGCGUGUCGCCAGAUAAGAUCACUGUCGUUGCAGAGUUCUUGCCAGGUGAUCAGAGUAUCAAGUAUACCUCUCCAUGGGCUGGUGGUAACUUCAGUUGUAUUACAUCCGAUGACCCAAACACUCUGAUGUACGACGAGCUGACUUACAGAAACUUGCACAAGAUCCAAAGGGCCUUGGGUGGUGCGUCUUGUGGGUUGGAUAAUAAACCAAGCACCGAGUUAUGGGACACGUACCCCGGUGACACUAAAGUGGCAUCAUUGAAGUCUUAUUUGAAAGAUUUCCAGGUUGUUGAUAAGAGUGAAUUACCAGAAGGUUGUGCAUUUGGUAUCAAGUUCACAUCAUGGAACUUCAACUGUCCUUUCUUUUUGGCCAAUUUCCAAAAAUACCUGGAAAGCAUUGGUGUGAAGUUCUUGAGAAAGACCUUGACACACAUCUCACAGGCUUAUCUCACUGCAAAGACCAAAGUCGUCUUCAACUGCUCUGGUAUUGGUGCACGUACCCUUGGUGGAGUCGAGGAUACAAACGUGUAUCCAACCAGAGGCCAAGUUGUUGUUGUGAAGGCUCCUCAUAUUCAAGAGAACAAGAUGAGAUGGGGUGACGACUACGCCACCUAUAUCAUUCCAAGACCUUACUCAAACGACGAAUUGAUCUUGGGUGGGUUCUUACAGAAGGAUGAUUGGACUCCAGAUACUUUCAAGGAGCAGACAGAGGACAUUAUCAAGAGAACUACAGAGCUUCUUCCAAAGAUCUUGGAUCAACCAUUGGUGAUUAGUCGUGUGGCAUGUGGUUUGAGACCAAGCAGACACGGUGGUGUCCGUAUUGAACUACAGAACAUCGAAGAUGGAAAAGUUGUCAUUCACAACUAUGGUGCUAGUGGAUAUGGUUACCAAGCUGGCUAUGGAAUGGGAUUCAGGGCAGUCCAACUCUUGAGAGAAUCCAAAUCCAAACUGUGA